AUGGCAGAGGCGAACAUUCCCAGUCUUAUUCAGGCUAGAUACGGCCCGACGACGAGUUCAGGUAUCACACAUGCUGCCGCUGCGAUAAGGAAUUCGACAGUAGAGACGCUUCUUCAACAUCGAUCGGUACGGCAUUUCCUGCCUGACAAGUUACCCGAAGGAAGCCUCGAGAUCAUCAUCGCUGCCGCACAGAGCGCAGCUACCUCCUCCAACCUGCAGACGUGGAGUGUCGUCGUGCUCGACGAUGGCAAUAAAGACGAAGUGGCCGACUUGUGCGGUAACCAAGACUUUAUCCGCAAAGCACCGCUGUUCCUUGUCUUCUGCGCUGACCUCGACCGCCUAACUAAGGUCUCGGCUCAACAUGAACUGCGCGGUGAAGGACUAGAGUAUACCGACAUGUUCCUCAUGGCGUCGCUGGAUGCGGCUUUAGCGGGCCAGAAUGCAACAAUUGCCGCUGAGGCGCUGGGCCUUGGCACCUGCUACGUUGGAGCUGCGCGUAACAGACCACUCGAGCUCGCACAGCUGCUCAGGCUACCGCCUCGUGUUAUUGCUGUGUUUGGGCUGGCUAUCGGCUGGCCUGAUCCUGCUAAGCCGACGGCAGUGAAGCCGCGAUUGCCGCAGAAAGAAGUACUGCACAAAGGAACGUGGCGUGUCGAUGGUAGACAAGCUGAUAAUCUGGCCGAGUAUGAUUUCACGCUGGCCAGUUUCAAUGCAGGGGAGAAACGAGAGGGCGUGCCGGCGUGGACACAUCGGAGCGCGGAGAGAAUUGAAAAGGUCGAGUCAUUACAUGGCCGCCAUGUGUUGAAAGAUGCUUUGCAACAAACAGGGUUCAAAUUGCGCUGA